GAAAGAGGGACGUCUGCAGGCUCUUGUGGCUUGACAUGAGCAUAGAUUACAUGUAUGCUUUAUUCAUGUGUGUAGAUCUAUCCCGGUUUCCUCGGGGUUGACGGCUGCUGCUCGUCACACAUCUGUAGCCGCUGGAAUCCUGUUUUCAGCACCUGGACAGCUCCCGGUCGAGAACCUCUUCCUUCUUAUUGUCGGGCACAUGGAGUCCCUGGUGUGAUUGUGGGGGAAGCCCUGCAAGCACAUUAUGCCUCCCUCCGAAGAUGUCGUUACCCUCCUGAUUCAGUGACAGCCCUCUGUAGCUACGCUGAAGGAUGCUGCUUUCAGUCCGGAGUAGGUGUUUUCGUCGUGCGCUGUCUUCUGAGAGGCGAUACGGGUGCUUGGCCAACGCAAAUUUAAGGGGAAUCGCAGCCUACACACAGCAAGAUCUGAGCUUCCCUCACACUCAUCAUCAUCAUCAUCAUCAUCAUCAUCAUAAUCGGCGAGAGGGGAGAUAUUACCAUCAUCACUGCGAGGGCAAAGGAGUCAUGACCACACUUUACACAAUGUAGAAAACGGAAGAGGUGUGGUAGGAGCCAGCUCUCUGCAGUGGUGAAAUCACAUUUCACACUUGGGGUCAUUUAGUGUGAACGUCUAUUUGCAGCAACAAGACCUCAACAUGAGCAAUCCCCAGGCUCCUACCCAGGCUGGAGCCUCAGAGCUGGAGGUGAUCUCCCAGCAGGUGGAGGAGGAUAACCAGUGCGUGGCCCCUGUCCAGCUGGUCAGCUUUGCCUACAGAGACUUGCCUUUGGCCGCCCUGGACAUAUCCCUGGCUGGAUCCCAACUCAUCUCGAACCCAGAUGAAGAGGACAACAGAGAGGGGUCGAACUGGCUGAAGCCAUGCUGUGGGCGAAGGGCAGCACUGUGGCAGGUGUGUCUGCUGUCGGCGGGCUUCAACUGUUUCCUGGUGGCCUGUGUCAUUCUGGUGGUGCUGCUGCUGACACUGGAGCUGCUCAUAGACACCAAGCUGUUGCAGUUUAAUAACGCAUUCCAGUUUGCCAGCAUCAUCCACUGGAUCAGCCUUGCCAUUCUCUCCGUGUUCUUCACUGAGACGGUGUUCAGGAUCGUGGUGUUGGGGAUAUGGGAUUACAUAGAGAACAAAGUAGAGGUGUUUGAUGGAGCUGUCAUCGUCCUCUCUCUGGCCCCCAUGGUGGCCUCCACAGUGGCCAACGGCCCCAGCAGCCCCUGGGACGCUAUCGGUCUCAUCAUCACACUGCGCAUCUGGAGGGUCAAGAGGAUCAUCGAUGCCUACGUGCUACAAGUGAAGGUGGAGAUGGAGCUGGAAAUCCAGCAGUACGAGAAGGCCAAGGCGGUGAGGGAGGAACAGCUUGACCGUCUCACCCAGAUCUGCCAGGAGCAGGCCUUUGAAAUCAGACAGCUGAGGGCCCACCUUGCUCAGCAGGACCUGGAUCUGGUAGCAGAGAGGGAAGCAGCCAUGCAGAUCCACCAUAUGUGGGGUAAACAGAGCAGUAGUUUCCAGGAGGUGGACGGACUAGCCCCAGGGGCCUCUGAGCAUCGUGGACCAGCCAAAGCCAGAGAGCCUGGGGGGCCUGCAGAUCACCAUGGUCAAGAUGACAUGAACAACUACAUCAGCCAGUACUACAGCGAGCCAAGCAGCGAUAUGGGGAUCCCAGACCCCGCCCGAGUCAUCACCACAGCAGCCAUAGACGUGCACCUGCCGAACAACCCCAGCCAGCUUCCCUCUUCUUUGGUGAGUGCAGACGCGGUGCCGUCCAGUCGUUUACAGCGCACCGGCAGCUCAGUCAGCGAAGCCUCCACCACCACAGUAUCUCGCAGCAGCUUCAGCGCCCGCCAGCACAGUAUCAGCAGCCACACGAUGGGCUCAACCACAGACUGCAGCUCCACGGUGCGCGAGGCCUCCACCUCCACAGAUUACAGCGACCAGCGCUGUUACCCUCCACCCUACAGCAGCCCUCUAGCCCUGGGCACUCAGCCACGAGGAAGUCCCAGCGCUGUGAUGCAGGAGCUGCUCUCCUCUUUGUCCGAGAAUGCCUGUCUCACCCAGAAGGGCCUGGACCCUGUCAACCUUAAACCGCCUAGCCCAGCAGGAUCCACCAAAACCAGCCCCGAGCUGGAGCACAGGGUCAACAUCUACAACAAGAGGAACCAGGAGAGCAGAGUUGGGCUGCACUCAAAGCCUCUCAUCCAUCUGCAGGGCAACGAGCCUCUUCUUGAGGAGAAGUACAGGAUGAUGGAGCCAGUAGACGCUCCGGUCAACCGUCUGUCAGAGACAUAAGACUCUGCCUGACAUAUGGAAGUCGCUUGUCAGAUCAACCGCAACCGAACGCUCUACUUAACUCUGGAGUUUGUGGGGAGUCACUGGCACAUAAACAGUGUGUCAUCCUCUUUCUACUUUUAGAACUGAGAGGAUGAACUUGCUAGAGCAGCACAAAAACAGAAGGCAUGAGAGAAGCAGAUUUGUUAUCAGGCACCACUUAUCAGGAAUUGACACUUACAGGAAAACUUGAGUUUUAUGAGAAAUUUUACCAAAAGAAACCAGCAACAGGGCUCUAGCCCAGAAAAAUAAAACUGGCUUUUCAUAUGUUGUGGUUUAAGGGGAUGGUGCUGAGGGCUUAGUUCCUCUGAUACACUUUGUAGGAAUUGGAGACGCUGAACAUAUGACAUCAUGUUUUGGACAAUGACAAACUGUGAUUCACUUCCUGCAAGCUACACGGCAUGGAUUUACCACAAGUACAGGUGUACCGGCUGUUUUGAUAGUCAGUCCAGUGUCUCCAAACUCACAAAGAACAGUCCUCUUUGAUGGGACUGCUGCAGGGUACAUUGGAUCAGUUUCUUCUUUCUAAUCUUUGUCUUUCUAUAUUAGCAAUGUUAACAUUUUUAUCUAAAUUCUAUGAGAGAGAAAAGAGUGCAGUAAACUUCUGACUUGGUGAUUCAGAGCGUUUUUAUCCAGGUGCCAUGACUGGAAACUGAUCAAAACCCAGCUGAGUCUGUGUUUACUGAGAUUUUGCAAACAGCAUGUCCAACACGCAAUGAAUUAAUUGAAACGCUACCUGCACAUGAUAGAUUUGACAUCAUUCAGGUCUAAAAUAUUACCUUUUUAUGAAUAUAACAUUUGAAGGCUGUGUAAAUAGUUCAAAAUGGGUUAAUCACAGCUACAAACAGUGAGGAAUUCAAAGUGGAGCUACAAUAAAAAUGUUAAAGAAAAUUCUAGCAUGAACCUAAAGGAUAUGCCUCUUAAAUAUUAAAA